AAAACAUUACUCCGUGGAACAUAUUUAUAGUUACUGAACAUAUAUGAAAAGUGAGUAUCUUCGAAUCAGAUGACAGGGUUUCUUCACUUCCUGAUGGCGAACAGAGAUCAUAUUUGGUGAGUUUUGCAGAAAUCUUUAGCUUUUCUUCCAGCAUGCAGUCGCAGAAGUUCGACUUUUCACUACGCCUGAGUGGAAGACACGUAACGGGAAGUUUUGAGUCUAGUUUCAGGUUUUUACGGGAAGAGGAUGCAGAUGUUCUGAGGAUCCGCCGCGGUUCCUUAAGUCCAGAACCGGAGAACAAAGAGAAAUGGCUCAAGAUGUCUUAUGAGACUGAGAAAAGUUGCCUGCUGGCUCCACAGGAAUCACAAACACCAUAUGGUUGCCUCACAGCUAAUGAGAAAUAUGAAAUCCCAGGAAUGGGAGAGGACAGUGUUUUAGAGAUGCUGAGCUACUCAAAAUUCUCUGAUCUGGAGACAUGGCUGUGUAUGCCCUCCACUUUGUUACCCAGGAGCCGGGAUUCAGUUUGCUCCAUGCUGCCACCGUCCCAUGAGAAUGACAAUGGAGAAACAUAUAAAGAAACCAGGCCCCCGGAGAACGAGUCUAGCCAUCUGAGCCAGUGCCAGGAGAGGAAAACUCAUCUAUUGCCACCCUCUCCGCUCCUGCCAGUUUCAGCCUCCCCUCACUCCUCGUCGCCCCUGCAGACCACCUCAACUCCUCUGCCCAAGCCCACCAGAGACUCCUGUCAUGGCGGCGUGAGUGUGAGGAAACGGCGGCGCCUGGCAGCCAGCCCCGGAGGACUGCACUGGGACGCAUCAGGGUCAGUGCUGCGUGACCACGACCGAGGGGAGACGUCGUCUCUGUCGGAAGUGAAGCGCUUCCCUCGGACUGUGAAUUUAGAGAGCCGUGUCCCAGAGCUUUGGAGGGAUCGAGAGGCUCUUAGGAAGACCAUAUCCGUCGAUGACCGCCUUCUCCAGCAAACGCCUAGUGAACAUCACAGACUCCUCAGCCGACUGGAGAGGGGCAAGAAGAAACUCAGGAACAUCAAUAGUCUUGGAGCCACUGGCAGAUACGAAACCCAUAAAAAAUCUGAGAGUAGGAUCUCCCGACUGGCUCAGAGACUCAACCAGAGGCAGAGCGAUGCUGCGUUGAUUAAGGAUUUCAGACCCCUCUUCCUCCUCUCUGGCUCUCCGGGGAGCUCCCAGAGUCUGGACAGGAACUUUAGUAUGACACAACAGAUGCAGAACCUGCAGCUGACGCAGAGUAAGAAGGGGGCGGGUCCCGCCUCCCCCAGCGCUGCAAAGCGUCUCUACCGCAACCUCUCUGAGAAGUUUAAAGGGAGCCACUCCUCCUUCGAGGAUGCCUACUUUUUUGGCCGAUCCGACCGUAUCCGCAAAGUAUCUAACAUUCAGAGCAGUGAGGCUCUGUUUGAGGCUGUUGAACAGCAGGACCUGGAUGCCGUGCAGAUCCUGCUGUUUCAGUACACAGCUGAUGAACUCGACCUCAACACCCCCAACAGUGAAGGCCUGACACCUCUGGACAUCUCUAUCAUGACCAACAACGUUCCCAUAGCCAAGCUGCUGCUCAAAGCUGGAGGGAAGGAGAGCCCUCACUUUGUCAGUUUGGAUAGCAGAGAUGCUCAUCUCUCAGCGCUGGUGCAGGAAGCUCAACGGAGAGCCAGCGAACUGUCCACCCAGGUGAUGAGAGAGAGUCUCAGUCUGGAAACGUCUGACAAGGAAAAACAGCUUAAAGCUUGGGAGUGGAGAUGCAAACUCUACAAGCGCAUGCGCACAGGAUUCGAGCAUGCACGGCCACCGGAGGCUCCGUUGACGGUGCGUCUGAGUGUGACCGGCAGCACAUCUCUCACUGUUAGCUUUCAGGAACCUGCCAGCAUGAACUCAGCUGUGGUGACCAAAUACAAAGUGGAAUGGAGCUGUCUGAAGGACUUCUCUUUAUUAGCUGGAGAGCUGAUCCUUGAGAAUCUGCAGUCCCUGAAAUACACAAUAACAGGUCUUACCACGGGUAGACAGUACUAUGUUCAAGUCUCCGCCUACAAUAUGAAGGGCUGGGGUCCAGCACAACUCUCUCAACCUCCCUCUGCUGUUCCUUCCAACUGGAAGGACUGUGAUGGGAGAGAGUGUAGGAGGAGAGGUCACAUCGAGGCCAUGGAGAGGCUGUUACAGCAGGUUCGAGCCACACACCAGCAUUACUGCUGUGGAGACACAUCAAAGUUGCAGAAUCCAAGUCGAAAACAGUCAGUGUCCCGGAGCCUGAAGCACCUUUUUCACUCCUCUACUAAAUUUGUCAAGACUCUCAAAAGGGGAGUUUAUAUAGCAUCUGUAUUUUACCAUAAGGACAGUCUGCUAGUGACUAAUGAGGAUCAGAUCCCCAUAGUGGAGGUGGACGACUCAUACAGCAGCUCCCUCAUGCAGGACUUUCUGUGGUUCACCAAGCUGUCCUGUAUGUGGGAGGACGUCCGGUGGCUGAGACAGAGCCUGGCAGUCUCCACCUCUUCCUCUUCCACUCUGCAGUCCAGACAGAAGAUGCUGGCGGCCGCGGGCCAACUGCAGAAUCUUCUGGGCACUCACAACUUGGGCCGAGUCCACUAUGAGCCCAUUAAAGAUCGUCAUGGGAAUGUGCUGCUUGUGACAGUGAGAGAGAUGGACAGCUUCUAUUCCUUUUUCAAUGGGAAGUGGAUGCAAGUAUCCAAACUGCAGAGUCAGAGAAAGUCUCUGUCUACCCCUGAGGAACCAUAUGCCCUGGACAUCCUCCUCAUAACCAUACAGGACAUUCUGGCCUAUCAGAGACGGAGUCAGCACCGGCUGUCCUCUGGGCUUUAUCUGGGUUACCUAAAGCUCAGCAGCUCUGUGGAUCAGAUCAAAGUGCUGGUUCCUCAACGAAUGCCCAACAUGCUCUGCCACACCAAGAUACGAGACAACUGGAAUGUGUCAAGGGAUGAGUGGGAAUGGCUGCAGUCACUGUCUGGCCCUGUGGAGGUGGAAAGAGCAGAUCAGGCUACAGACUGCCUCCUCUUCUCUGAGCUCCAGAUGGCCAUUAAGAGUCUGCUGCACCAUAUCAAUCUACCUCUCCACCAGGCCAAGCACUUCCGUCUCUACACACACGAGGUGCUGGAGCUGGGUCACAAUGUGUCCUUUCUUCUGCUGCUGCCCGCCUCAGACGACGUUUGCUCUGCCCCGGGACAGACCAACCCCUACACACCACACUCGGGGUUCCUCAACCUCCCUCUUCAAAUGUUUGAGCUCGUUCACUUCUGCUCAUAUAAAGAGAAAUUUAUCAGUCUUUAUUGCCGGCUGUCCUCUGUGCUGGACCUGGACGGUCUAAUUACCCAGCAGGCUUUCAGAGAGGCCAUCACUGACUCAGAGGUGUCCACAGCCAAACAGAGACAACAGCACAUAUUGGACUACAUUCAGCAAUUGGACGAGAUGUGGCGAGACGUCCGCUGGAUCACUAAUGCCCUGCAGUACGCCCGCUAUAAACAGCCUCUCGGUUGGGUGCCUAUCAUCUGGCUAGUAGAUGUCAGCGUGGAGCCUCCUGUCCAGAAGAAUGACUCCACGUCCUCUAACACAGACUACGUGCCCACUCCCUCGCCCUCUCCAGAAAUGAGGAGACGAAAGCCCACAAUUGGUAAAUGCUAUUUUUCAAUAGCUGCCAUUCAUCCAGAGUCCCAACCGGGUUCAGAUGAAGAGGGCUGCUCGGAGGUCUUUCUCCCCACAGACAGUGACUAUGACUCCAGUGACGCUCUGAGCCCUCGUGACCUGGACUUAGUUUACUCCUCAGCCCAAGAUCUCUCCCAUCAGGCCGUGCACGUCCUCAGUGGUAGCGCACCCGAUGUCCUUCAGAUGCACGAUCUCAAGUACAGCGCUUGCUCAAAAUCCAUCCUGGAGACCGAAUCAUGCACCAAGGACAUGGAGGACCUGUCGCUGUCUUCUUAUUCUGUGAAAGCCACAGACAAGCCAUCCCGCUGCAAGUUCCUGGCCGACCCACCAACGAAACGUAAGAUGCUGUCGAAAAGCCAUCCCCAGAGGAGUUAUUUUGGCGGGCCGCACCGCUGGCUGCGUGUACAGAGCGAAAGUCACACUCCCUCGCUAUCCGAAGGCAUCUACACCAGACAGAGUGAUAUGGACCUGCCGCUGGAGACGCCGCUCUCUCCCACUAACUCCUACAGUUUGGAUGAGUACAGGGCGACCUACAGGGAAUCUAAGCCCAACGUUCGCAGGAUCUUUGUGGAGUCGUGCAGCAAGACGUCACCCUGCAGAGAUGCCCCACAUUGGGAGGAGGAGGAGAAGGGAUCGAGAGGAGCAGCCGCCGGAGAGACCGGAUCGGGAUACGGCACUACAGCAGAAGCUCAUGAUGUAGAUUCGGAUGAGCUAACGAAUGAACAAGUGUCGGAGAUUCUCAGCAGCACUCUUUAGGAUGAUACGAGCGUUCCAUCACGUAGACGUGUGGUCUUCUCGACACUUGAGUCGCCUCAAAGCUCCAAAACUACCCUUUUCCUCUCCAAACGCACAAUUUACAACAGCUCACAGUUGUAAUGAGUGAACACUUAGCCUAAUCAAUUCUUGCAUCCUCUCUGCAGAGGAUGAAGUUGCUGGUCAACUCUGUGGGACUCAUAAAUCAUGGCUCUGACUGUUACAAUGUUGAUUAUCAAUGCAACGUGAAACAAAGCACUGCUUUUCCUCAGAACUUGAAAUUGCCUCAGCCAAUAGAGCCCAACAGUAAGCGCCCACUUUUUCAGCAGCCUUUGUUCUGAGUGUAUUUUUCCCAUUAAUUUUCACCAUAGGGGUUUCAAAAGCUUCUUCAGACUGAAAGACUUCAAAGUCAUGAACAAAACCAACCAGCUCUAAGUAUUCUUAAAAUUACAGAUUCCUUUAUUAGAAGCUACAAGAGUGUGUAUUUAAGAUCUUUUAUGAUUGAAGUACAAAAUAUUUAACGAAAAUGUGUAUAUUACAGUCAAACCAAAAAUUAUUCAGACAUUUUUGAUAUAUUUUUACUAGUGGGUGCAGGACACUAUGGUUCAUUUAUGUAAGUGAGGAUAGCAAAAUAAAGUAAACUGUGACAUAUUAUACCCAAAAAUUCAUCAUACAGUGGACUACCAGUAAAAUUGAUAAAAAUUUGGGACCAAAAAUUAUUCAGACACUUUGACCUGACCAUGUUUUGCUUAAGUGUUAUCUAAGAUUAUUUUUUUCUGAUACAGUUUAACUCUGAGAUCUUGUCAUAUUUUAUUACCAUUUUUUUAAACUAUAGUGAAUAAACUGUAUUAAUGAAUGAAAUGUAUAAGGUGUCUGAAUAAAUUGUGGUUUGACUGUAUAUACACACACGCGCACACACACACAUAUAUAUAUAUAUAUUAAAGUAAAGAUAUUUCAAAUAAAUGCUGUUCUUUAAGGCCCCGUUUACACUAGUGCGUUUUCGUUUUAAAACGCAUACGUUUUGCUACGGUUACACCUGUCGUUUACACUGCGCUGGCAUUUUCGAACCUCGAAAACGGAGACUUUUUCGAAAACGCUGCAGACCCCGUUUUAGUUUAAAAACGCUGGGGUUGCAUUUCAGUAUAAACGGACCAAAACUGAGACUCUCUGCGUAUCCUUGACGACCGUGUAAACAAUAACAUGAAGACUGAACUGCAAUCUUUGCUGACUUUGUUGUCAUUUUAGCAGCUGUUGAGCAGUUAAACUCAGCAUUUUUUUAAUACUGCAGCUUCCUACAUUCGCAAGAGGCAACUGUUUACACUUGUACGCGCAUGCCCAGUGUGCACGAACGGUCAUGUGACAUGCGUUUUCGGCCGUGUAGUGUAGACGGAGAUCGUUUCUGAAACGCCAGUGUGGAUGAGGAUCGUUUUCGUUUUAAAACGAAAACGCACAAGUGUAAAUGGGGCCUCACGAACCAAAAUGGAGACUUGUGAAAACGAUGGCGUGGCUGCCCACAUUCGCUCUGCGUAUCCUUGACGACCGUGUAAACAAUAACAUGGAGACUGAACUGCAAUCUUUGCUGGCUUUGUUGUCAUUUUUAGCAGCCAUUGUGCAGUUAAACUCUGCAUUUUUUUAAUACUGCAGCUUCCUACAAGUGCAAGAGGCAACUGUUUACACUUGUACGCGCAUGCCCAGUGUGCACGAACGGUUCAUGUGACAUGCGUUUUCGGCCGUGUAGUGUAGACGGAGAUCGUUUCUGAGGCCCCGUUUACACUAGUGCGUUUUCGUUUUAAAACGCAUAAGUUUUGCUACGGUUACACCUGUUAUUUACAUUACGCCAGCGCUUUCGAACCUCGAAAACGGAGACUUUAGAAAACACUGCAGAGCUCGUUUUAGUUUAAAAACACCGGGGUUGCGUUUCAGUAUAAACAGACCUAAACGGAGACUUUUGAAAACGAUGGCAUGGCUGCCCAUGUUUGCUUUGGUAUCCUUGAUGACCGUGUGAACAAUAACAUGGAGACUGAACUGCAAUCUUUGCUGGCUUUGUUGUAAUUUUUAGCAGUCAUUGUGCAGUUCAACUCUGCAUUUUUUUUUUAAUACUGCCGCUGCCUAUAUGCGCAAGAAGCAACUGUUUACACUUGUACACACAUGCAAGUCAAGUCGUGCACACAAGUCGUGUAGUGUAGACGGAGAUAGUUUCUGAAGCACUGUGGAAACGGCAGUGUAGACGAGGAUCGUUUUCAUUUUAAAACGCCGUUUUAAAACAAAAACACACUAGUGUAAACUGUAUUUCUUUAAUGAAUGCUUGUUCAUUAAAGAAACCUGAAAAAAUUAUCACAGUUUCCACAAAAAUAUUAAGCAGCACAACUGUUUUCAACAUAGAUAAUAAUAAAUGUUUCUUUAUCAGAAUGAUUUCUGAAGGAUCAUGUGACACUGAAGACUGGAGUAAUGAUGCUGAAAAUUCAGGAAUAAUUACAUAUUAAAAAAAAAAUGUUUUAAAUUGAAAUAAUAUUUUGCACGAUUAUUGUUUAACUAUAUUUUGUAAAUGCAGCAUGAGACGUCUUUCAGAAACAUUUAAAAAUCUUACAAACCCCACUAUAUUAUUAUUAUAUCAUUGCUUAACAACCUCCAAGCUCCUGGUUGGACUGGGUUAAAUAUUAUACAAGUUCUCUGUGGAGAAAAUGAAUGGGAUUUUUACUCCUGCAAACAUGCUGUUUUGCUCUAUUGUGGUGUUUUUCGGUUAAGAGUGGAGUUAGGUGAUUUGACGGCUGGUUAAAAUUCAGUUAAUGUGUUUACUUGCAAUGACAGAUCGAUGUAUCCGCUAAUUUCACUGCCCAUUAAGAAUGGUUUGCUCCUACUAUUGAUGUAUGAAGUGGCAUAAUCCCCUUCACAUUACAUCUGUUUCAAAUCGAUUGUGUUUCAGUGUUGAGAAACACUGGAUGAAUGAAAAAUGAUCCCAUCACUACAGACUCUGUUACCAAACAUGAGAGCCCUUUUCAAAUUAAAAAGCUAUUAUGUAGUUCCAGGGAAAGAGUGCGUGACAUUUGUUCCACAGAAUGUGUUUCAUUGAAAAAUACCUUGAGUUGUGCGAUGUUUACCAUACGAUGGUGGUUUGUGGUGUGUGAUUGUUCACAUUUGAAGAUUCAUGUAAUUUGUUUGUUUCUGUGCAGGGUAAUCCACUGUUAUGAAAGGAAAUGAAAACCACUUAUGUUUUACAGGUUGAAGGAAUGAGAAAAACUGCACUUUUAAUAUAUACAGUAUAUUUGCAUCCCACGACUUUUACUGUAAUAGGAGUUUUGAUAUCUGGACUGUUUUGAAUCGGACCACUUUUGACCUUUUGCAGAGGAAGGUGCAACCUUAUUUUGCUUGUACUGCAAAUUUGUGCCACUUUAUAUGAACACACAAUCAUGAAUAUUUGGAUGAUUUGUAAGUGCAUAAUUACUAAUUUCACAGCAUUCAUUUUGUCAAUAAAGCCAUAGAUAUUUUAAAUGAAAUGCAAGUUAUGGUCCAAGGACAUAACCAAAAAGGUAGUUUGUUUAGUAAAGCAUCGUUAAUUCUGUAAAACUAUACCACGUUCGUUUUGCAAUGAUUAUUACUUAACAGAUUCAUUGUGAAUAUAGUAUAUAUUUAUUCAUUAAUCCUUAUGUAUGCCCUAAUAAUUAAGUGAAACAAUUUCCCAGAUGAAAAAGGGCAGCUUUUUGCAAGCAACAUCGUAAAUGUGUCUGUUGCAAUGUUUCAAAAAUUUGUUAAUGUUUGCAGUGUGUUUUUUUCUACAAAAAAAGAAAGAAAAAAAAUUGUAUUUGCACAAACCGUUUGUUGAUUUGCAAAAAUAUGUUGAAACUGGACUUUCUCCUGAAGGAUUGUAAAAAUGUUUCAUCUUCCUGGUUAAUGUACAGUGAUGUCAGCUGGUGCUCAAGAUCAUGUGGGUAAAAUGCACUGCUCUGACACACCGGUGUGUUCGGGCCUUGUUCUUUCAGUAUGCAUUCAACACAACCCCACAGCGACGAGGCAUUAUAUACCACAUCCCACCUUACGUAUUCCAGUUAAAUCAUUGAACUGUUUGCAACUGCCAUUCCAGGUGGGGUAUUAUUGUUAAAUUAUAUAGUAUAUUUGUCUUGAUACCUUUAUACUGUGCACAAUGCAAGCCAAAACAAUUAAAAAGCAUCAUAUCUGUAUAUUUUUGCAUUAUGCAUUUAUUGAUCCAAAUAAUAUAUUUCAGUAUUGUAUUUUUGAUGGUUGGUCCCAUGUCAUAGAGGUUUCUGUUGUAACUUGUUUGCUUUUUGUGAUGCAUCUUGAAUAUGACUCUGUGACAGAUGUAUUUAAGUCAUAAAAAAUAAACAUUCCAGUGUAAAUAUUUUA